CUUUAUAAAUCAAUGGUACUUAGUAAUUCAAUAAGGAAGAAAACGUUGUAAAGAGCAAUGACUCUGGAAGCUUUAUCAUCAAAUGGUCUCUUAAACUUUUUGCUCUCCGAGUCUCUUUCACCAACCCCAUUCAAGUCUCUCCUCGAUCUCGAUCCAUCGCCGGAAAAUGACAUCAUCAUCAUCCCCAAGAACACAAUUCCGGAGAUGUCUCAACAAGAACCGGCGUCACGGCAGCCACCACCGGCUAGCAGAGGGAAGAAGCGGAGGAGGAGGAAGCCUAGGGUUUGCAAAAACGAAGAAGAAGCUGAGAAUCAACGAAUAACUCACAUCGCGGUAGAAAGAAAUCGAAGAAGACAAAUGAAUCAACAUCUCUCUGUCUUAAGAUCUCUCAUGCCUCAACCUUUUUCUCAAAAGGGUGAUCAAGCUUCAAUAGUUGGUGGAGCCAUAGAUUUCAUCAAAGAACUUGAACAUCAGUUACUAUCUCUUGAAGCUCAAAAGCUUCAAAAGGAUAAACUAAGCCAGACGGUUAUUUCUUCAACAAGUCAAGACUCAAACUGCGAACCUGAGAAUCCUCACCUGUCUCUAUCACAGUUCUUUCUCCACUCGUACGAUCCAAGCCAGGAGAAUAGAAAUGGCUCAACAAGCUCGGUGAAAACGGCUAUGGAGGAUCUUGAAGUGACUCUAAUAGAAACUCAUGCUAACAUCAGAAUCCUGUCAAGAAGAAGAGGUUUCCAAUGGACCUCGGUGGUGGCUACCACCGGGCCACCGCAACUUUCAAAGCUAGUGGCUGCUCUACAUUCACUCUCCCUCUCCGUGCUUCACCUCAGUGUCACAACAUUAGAAACUUUUGCUAUUUACUCAAUCAGCACUAAGGUGGAAGAGAGUUGCCAGCUAAGUUCAGUAGAUGACAUUGCAGGAGCAGUUCAUCACAUGCUAAGUAUCAUUGAAGAGGAACCUUUUUGUUGUUCAACAAUCCCAGAGUUACCCUUUACUUUCCCCUUAAAUCACACAAAUGCCACUCAUUCUCUCUGAGAAUUCUCCUUUCCUUUUUAAUUCCUUCUUUUAAUUUUAUAGCACAUCUUUGAUCGUUUUUUCUUUCAGAAUAACGAAGGUUUAGUGCUUUCUUUUUAUUUCCUAGGUUCUUUUCUGACUCUGUAAAGGCUAAAUGUGAAUCCAUCUGGAGUAUAAUGGCACAUAAUAUAAUAGUAGUUUUUUAGUCGUUUUUCAUUUU